ACCGUUAAGCAGCUGUUUGGCCAGAGUUGCCAGGCGUAGUUACUUCUUUUAUUUGAAGUGGCAAAGCGAAUUUGCGAGAUUUAGCAACAGCGAAGUUUUGUAUAUUCACUCAAAACGCAGCAAAGCAAGCCAGAAUUUCGGGAUUUAAAAGUCGUACGAUUGAGUUGGUUCGCUCACACAUUCGUUCAGUUUGCUGUGAGCGCGGUGAAUGCUGUGAACAUCGCGUUGAAAGUUUGGCAUUCUCAAGUUCCGGGGCAUUGCAUUUGUUGACAAACCGCAGUUUCUGGUCUAGUACGCCAUGAAAUCAGAUAACUACCGUCUCAUAGUGGAGGUGUCUAAGCGACGGUGUCUGUGGGAUACCAACAUGUCCAUGGCGUACCGCAACCAGGACGCAGCGCUCCAGUGGGCGAGUGUUGCGCAGAUUAUGCAGCAGGAUGUCGCGCUCUGCAAGAAACGUUUCAAGGGAAUGCGGGACAGUUACCGGGCGGAGGUGCGCAAGAUACAGCAGAAACGCAUCGAGAUGUCCCACUGGCCGUACUUCCGCUCACUAGAGUUCAUGCGCCACAUCUUCGAUCCGGAGCGUCUGGUGCCCUUUCCCCCGGAGCCCUUCGUUAUGGACACCGAUCAGCCGGACGUCUGUGACCCCACCCGCCUAGUUGACUUCGCGAUCGAUGUGGAUUUGGACAAUGAUGACUCUGUUGAUUUUGAGAUCAUCGAGGACAUAUUCCAGCGGGAACCGUCAGUGCCCCAGGACUCGGGCUCGGAUAAAGGUUCGCUGAUUAAGCCGUUGGACUCCUCAUCCUCGGGCGCCCAUCGCUCCGAUCAGGAUCUUUCGCCCACGUUGCCCAUGCACUUGCCGAGCCAUCAACAAUUCCUGCCACGUCCACCACCGCCCUCGAAGAGAGUACGUCGGAGGAAGACUUCGCCGUCGAACGAUGGCCCCCUUUUAAAUGGAUACGCCAGCCAGGCGACAAAAACUGUUACUGAAGCCGAUGCUAAGAACGAUUCGGACUUAAGUUUUAUGCUAAGCAUGAUGCCUCACGUCAAGUGUCUGUCACCCAUUAGCAACCUCAAGUUUCGAAUGGAGAUGGCGCGUGUUCUAGUGGAACUCAGGGAGGAGGAUCAACAGAUGCUCACAGCGGCGGAACCAGGAGCCGUUCCUGAGCGAGGGCUGCCCAAACUAACGCCCGCCCCGAAUUCGAGUUUUGCCUCUCAGCUGGAGAAAAACCAUUGCCAUCUAUCCAGUGCUCUACAAUCGCCAUCUACAAUAGACUAUGUGGACAGCUCCAUGAUUGAGUGCGAUGUCAAGAUAGAGAAUGAACCCUUAGUAUGAAAACUUCGUUUUCAGCUUUCUACCAAAUUUAUACGAUUUUACAUUCAGCAGUAAUUUUCUAAGGAAUUACCAAACAAAUAUUUCUUUCAUUUAUAUUGUUGCAAGUUUUAGAGGAAACACUACUCAAACAUGAGUAGUUGGCAAAAUCGUUAGCAUAAGAACAUUGACUUGCUUGUAAAACAUUGAUUUCUAUUGGGCAAUAGAUUGGACUCCGUUAAUGGCAGUUGUGACCUGUUCUUAAGCAAUAUAUAACAUAAAGAUAAGAACUGCUGAUGCUGUUAAAAGUUUGAGGUUUGGCUUAUCUUUGGGCUUUCAUCUGGAAGGAGUGUUGAUGGAUUUGGAUUGACUUCAGAUUCCGAUUUUAAAUAGACCCCUUAUUUAUAUGCGCAUACAAUUUAUAAAAGAGGGAAAACAUUUUAAGAGGGAGAUAAUCCUA